AUGAGGUCCUCGUGGCUCUCGACCGCCUCGGCCGUCUUUGUCUGCGCCGCGGCCGUGGCCAACAGCUACACGCUGCCGCCCAAGGCCGAGGAGCUCCGUUUCGACCAGGCCGGUAACCUCGUCUGGCAGGAGGACGCCGUCGCCGACAGCGUCCCCUCGCUCGGCCGCCCCGACUUCUCCGCCCUCGAUGUGGUCGACAAGCACGCCUCGUCGGCCGCCUCCAAGGCCAAGCAGUCGGUCGAGGCUAUGAUCUCCGACGCCAUGCGCGACGUCGAGAGCGCCGUCUCCUGGGCUGAGCACGAGAUCGACUCGAUCGAGCAUGCCAUCGACAACGUCAUCCACGGCGCCGAGGAGCAGGCCGAGUCCUGGCUCCGCACCGGCAGGGUCAUGGUCGAGGGCCUCGAGUACGAGCGCCUCGUCCACCCGCACUUCCCCGAGUACGCGCUGCGCCUCAGCACCACGGGAAAGCCCUUCUGCGACCAGGACGUCGUCCAGCACAGCGGCUACCUCGACAUCUCGGGCUCCAAGCACCUCUGGUUCAUCUUCUUCGAGAGCCGCAGCAAGCCCAAGGAGGACCCCGUCGUGCUCUGGCUCAACGGUGGCCCCGGAUGCUCGUCGUCGACCGGCCUGCUGUUUGAGCUGGGUCCCUGCCGCGUGGCCAACGAGGGCAAGAACACCGAGCACAACCCGCACUCGUGGAACAACCACGCCAACCUCCUCUUCCUCGACCAGCCCGUCGACGUCGGCUACAGCUACUCGGACGACGACAGCGUCAACAACUCGCCCGCCGCCGCCGAGGACGUCUACGCCUUCCUCCAGCUCUUCUUCAAGAAGUUCCCCGAGUACGCCAACCUGCCCUUCACCGCCUCGGGCGAGUCGUACGCCGGCACCUACCUGCCCAACAUCGCCUCGACCAUCCACAAGAAGAACAAGCAGCUCUCGCUCGCCCGCUACCGCGAUGCCGACGCGGCGCCCAUGCACAUCAACCUCGAGAGCGUCGCCAUCGGCAACGGCCUCAGCGCGCCCCAGAUCCAGUUCCCCACCUGGCCCGACUUUGUCUGCGGCGAGGACAACGAGUUCCGCCUGUUUGAGCCCGAGAGCUCCACCUGCACCUCGAUCAGGCAGAAGGCGGCCACGUGCAAGAGCCUCGUCGAGAGCUGCCAGAAGUACAACAGCCGGCUCACGUGCACGCCGGCCGCGCUGUAUUGCUGGUCGAUGUACUCGCCCGCCCAGUCGACGGGCCGCAACCUGUACGACACGCGCCGCAAGUGCGACCGCGCCGAGGACAAGGACGGCCCGCUCUGCUACCGCGAGAUGAGCUGGAUCGAGACGCUGAUGAACCGCGACGACGUCAAGGCUAACCUCGGCAUCGCCAAGAAGCACACCUUCACCAGCUGCAACAUGGACAUCAACAAGAACUUCCUGCUGCAGGGCGACAGCAUGCACGACUCGUCGGCGCUCCUCCCGGAGCUCAUCGAGGACGGCAUCCGCCUGCUCAUCUACGCCGGCGAGACCGACAGCAUGUGCCCGUGGAACGGCAACUUCCUCUGGGUCAAGGCGCUCGAGACGAGCUUCAAGGCCGAGUUCAACAACGCCACGUCGACCGAAUGGAAGGUGGGCGGCAAGCGCGCCGGCCUCGUGACCAAGGCCGGCAAGGGCGCCGGCUCAGUCGCCUUCCUCAAGGCCUACAACGCCGGCCACAUGUUCCCCGCCGACGCCCCCGAGGCUGCCGCCGAGAUGAUUGAGAAGUGGAUCCGCAACGAGGCGUUCGUCUAA